AUGCAUCAACUCCAAGCUGAUCCUAACUUAGAACAGUGCCCUGAUUUCACCUCAGUGGAUUUUCAGGCCAGUUGGGCCCCUCUCUUAGGUCCUGUGACCAAUGAUGCUCAAGUGGCCGCAAUGUUACACACCAUUUGGACUGCCACCAAUAACACCUUGAAAGCUCAAUGGCAACAACAAGUUGAUGCUGCUGCAUUACAGGCCAAGGAACAAGGACGCCUCCUCACAGAGGAAGAAGAGCUGCAGCUGGCCAUGUAA